CAAAAUAAUCAAGCAACAGCAGCAGCAUCUGCUUAGAAAAUUCGAUAAUUAGGCUGCAAAAUAUACACGAAGCUGAAUUAAAAUGGCCGCAAAAGUAGGAGGUGCCAGCGCCGCCAAAGUAUUUCCAAACCACGACGAUGUGCACAUUUCUUUCGAGGAUCAGCAGCGAAUCAAUCGAUUCGCCAAGCAUAAUGCACGCAUGGACGAUCUCAAAGUGGAGUUGGACAUGAAAAAGAACUCGCUGAAGUGCUUGGAAGAGGCGCUCGAAGAGAUUGAGCUGUUUGAUGAGGACGAGGACAUUCCUUUCCUGGUUGGCGAGGUCUUUCUCUCACACAAACUGGGCAAAACCCAGGAACUACUCGCAGAGUCCAAGGAACAAACCCUUAAAGAGAUAGCCAGCAUUGAGGCAAAAGCCAAGGCGAUCAAAGCCGAAAUGGAUGAGUUGAAGGCGCAUCUGUAUCAGCGUUUCGGCAGCAACAUCUCCCUGGAGAGCGAUGACUAAGUCAGCGACUUCCGCACCCGUGUUUCAUUAAUUCGCGUCUUUCAAACCUUAUUUAAAAUGAUUACAUUUAAUUUAAAAACAAAAA